CUCUCUGUCUUUCGCUCUCCUCUCUGUGCAGCGCAUCUACUGCAAUUGUCAAACUGAAGAAAGGGCAAAAAGGUAAUUGCACGGCGCAAACCAAAAUCACUCAUGAGAGGUGACACGUGUGCUUUGUAUUGUUGGAAAGAUCAUCCAAACUCCAAAGAGACAUUUUGACAACAGGGUACCGUGACAACAGAAACGACGUCGUGUACUCUGGUGUACUCAGAUCGCGAAAGUUUCUCUCCUUUCUACUUUCUACAUCUCAGAUCUGCUUCUUCUGCUUAUUCCUCUUGAGCGGAGCCACUGCAUUUGAUCUGCUUCUUCCGCGUUUCUUCAACUUCAUACGGAAAUGGGUACGGCUGCUAAGUCUACAAACUCUCUUGCUUUCUUCUUCAAUCGUUUGCGUUUGGAUCCUCGUUAUUGUCGUGGUUUUAGUGCUACUUCUGCUAACACUACCAAUAGUGGUAAAGAUAUUGUGGAAAGCCCCAAUCAGUUCUUGCAAUCUGUGAGAGAUCGAUGCCGAUCUCGAAGCUUAAGGAAUCUUGAUGAUGCCUUACCCCUGUUUCAUAGAAUGCUUCACAUGCACCCUUUGCCUUCCCUCGUGGAUUUUAAUCAAUUGCUGGGUGCAAUUGCAAGAAUGAAGCAUCACUCAACUGUGAUUUCUCUCAUUAAAGAAAUGGAACUGUCAGGAGUUACUCCCGAUGCUUUUUCUCUAGGGGUUCUGACUAAUUGCUUCUGCCAUUUGAGCCGGGUGGAUUUCGGCUUCUCUAUUUUAGCAAGAAUUUUGAAACUUGGUUUUCAACCAGACUCUGUAAUUCUCACUACUCUUGUCAAGGGGCUCUGUCUUCGGGGUAGAAUUGCUGAAGCUGUGAAGUUGGCAAACAAAAUGGAGAAGAUAGGCUAUAACCCUAAUACAAUUACUUAUGGAACAUUAAUGAACGGUUUGUGUAAAAUAGGUGAGACUAGGAUGGCUAUUGGGUUGCUUCGGAAGAUGGAAGAAGGAAAUCUUGAACUUGAUGUAGUUCAGUAUAACAUAAUAAUUGAUAGUUUAUGUAAAGACAGAUUAGUAACUGAGGCUUUGAAUUUUUUCUCCGAAAUGACAAAGAAAGGAAUUCAGCCUGACGUUUGCACUUACAAUUCUUUAAUUCAGGGCCUAUGCAAUUUCGGCCGGUGGAAUGAGGUAACUAAACUAUGGAAGGAGAUGGUUGAAAGGAAAAUCAUGCCAGAUGUAAAUACAUUCAGCAUAUUGGUGGACACAUUUGGCAAAGAAGGGAUGUUGAAAGAGGUAAACGAAGUUUUUGAUGUGAUGAUUCAGAGAGGGAUAGAGCCCGACACAAUCACUUACAAUUCUUUGAUUGACAGUUAUUGUUUGCAAAAUAGAAUGGAUGAAGCUGUAAAAGCAUUUAAUACGAUGGUUGAGAAGGGUUGUUCGCCUUCUAUUGUUAGCUAUAACAUAUUGAUCCAUGGAUAUUGUAAAAAGAGAAGAAUUGACGAGGCGAUGAGUCUCUUUAGUGAAAUGUCCACAAAGGAAAUUUUUCCCAAUGUUGUCACUUAUAAUACUCUUAUAGGUGGGUUUUGCCGAGUUGGGAGACUUAAAAUUGCAUUAGAGCUACUCCAUGAGAUGCAAGUUUGUGGGCAACCUCCAAAUCUCAAGACUUGUGCUAUUUUGUUAGAUGGCAUGUGUAAGAACCUACAAUUUUUUGAGGCAAUGGAAUUGUUUCAAGAGAUGGAAGCCAAAAAGGUAGACAUUAAUAUUGUUGUUUACAAUAUCUUAAUUGAUGGUAUGUGUAAUGCUGGGAAACUAACGACUGCAAGAGAACUCUUUAAUACUCUUCAUACCAAAGAUUUGCAAGCUGAUGUUUGGACUUACAAUAUAAUGAUCAAAGGACUUUGCAAAGAGGGACUGCUAAAUGAAGCGAGGGAGCUAUUUGAGAAAAUGGAGGAAAUUGGUUGUUCGCCUGACCAUUUCACAUAUAACACAAUCAUCCAAGGCUUCUUUCAACACAAUGAUACAUCAUGUGUAGUGAAAUAUAUUAAGAUCAUGGUUGACAAAGGUUUCUCGGCAAAUGCGACCACUGCGACCAUAUUGAUCAACUUGUUGUCUACUAAUCAGGCAGAUAAAACAUUACAAGAAUUUUUUCAAAAAUCUGUGUGAAAGCUUUUAAGUUCUUCAACAUGCAGGACAAAAUUUCAUAUUCUAACCUUUACAGUGCCAAUCUGUAAGGUACAAACAUAUUUGCUGCAAGUCAUUAAGCUGUUUUGCAGGGUGAAAACAGUACCACUUCUCGUGAACGUGUUUUAGGGAAAAGAGGUGGAAAAAGAUAUACAUUGUUUCAAGGUCAUUCAGGGCCAGUGUAUUCUGCCACUUUUAGUCCACUGGGGGAUUUUUUACUUUCCUCUUCAGCAGACUCAACAAUUCGGUUAUGGAGCACAAACCUAAAUGCAAAUCUUGUCUGCUACAAGGGCCACAAUUACCCAGUAUGGGAUGUUCAGUUGGUUAGAUGUAUGAGUUUAGAACCACAUGUGCGAAGUAGAUGGCUGUCGCUAUCCUAAUAGCCCUAUUUGAAUAUGGUCAAUAUGGGCUGCACAAGGUGGAGUCCUGUAGGACAUUAUUUUGCCCGCUUUUCGCACAAUCGAACAGUAAGGAUUUGGUCUAUGGACAGAAUACUGCCUUUAAGGAUAAUGGCAGGGCACUUAUCUGAUGUUGAUGAGUAUGGUUUUGUCUUUGGCAAUGUCACCUGAUGGCCGGUAUCUGGCCUCUAGUGAUGAAGAUGGCACAAUCAUGAUGUGGGACCUCUCGACCGGUCGGUGUGUUACACCUUUGAUGGGUCAAACCUCAUUGCUUUUGGUUCACUUCUUGCAUCUGGGUCUGCUGAUUGCACUGUAAAAUUAUGGGACGUAACUACGAGUUCAAAGGCGCCCAAGACAGAAGAAAACAAAGGUGGAAAUGCCAACAGACUAAGAUCAUUGAAAACUCUUCCGACGAAGUCCACUCCCGUCUACGCAUUGCGGUUCUCUCAGAGGAAUCUUCUAUUUGCAGCUGGGGGCCUCUCAAAAAGCGUAUAGAUUGCUCUCUCUCCACUAAGCGUUAUAUUUAUUUUGGUUUGUGGAGAUUUGUUUUAAAUUGUUGCUGAAUCUUCUUUUGUAAAUUAAUACUCAAUGUAAAAAAUUUCUUUAUUGGAAGAAUUCGAAGAUGCUUAAC